AUGGCAGUCAACGGCACAAAUGGCGCAAAUGGCGCAAACGGGGGUGACUCACGACCGAUCUUCUUCUUCGACAUCGACAAUUGUCUUUACUCUAAACAAUGCAAUAUCCAUGAUGAGAUGCAGAAGUUGAUCAACAAGUUCUUCUGCAAGCACCUUGCUCUCACUCCCGAAGAUGCUCAUAUGCUCCACCAAAAAUACUACAAGGAGUACGGCCUUGCCAUUGAAGGCCUGACACGCCACCACAAGAUCGAUCCGCUCGAAUUCAACUACGAAGUGGAUGAUGCUCUCCCUCUCGAUACAAUCUUGGAGCCCAACCCCAAGCUGCGUGAGCUGCUGGAGGCAUUGGAUACCAGCAAGGUGAAGCCCUGGCUGCUCACUAACGCUUACGUCAAUCAUGCAAAGCGGGUUGUUCAGCUGUUGGGUAUCGAGGAUCUGUUCGAGGGGGUUACAUUCUGUGACUAUGCUCAGCUGCCGUUGAUUUGUAAACCCAGCCAGGACAUGUAUGCGAAGGCAGAGAAGGAGGCCGGAGCGCCUAGCACCGAGUCGUGUUACUUCAUUGAUGAUUCAUAUCUGAAUUGCAAGCAUGCUGAGGCCCGAGGCUGGUCAGUCGUUCAUCUGGUGGAGCCAGGUGUUGAAACCCCUCGCGUUCCAGCUUCCAAAUACUCGGUUUCUAACCUUGAGGAACUGCGUGGCCUCUUCCCAGAGGUUUUCAAGUCAUAG